AAAAGUUCAUGUUGGGUCGGAGUGAAAAGUCACACAUAACCUGAUGACUCAAAUCUGUAUAUGUUCCCACACCGGGCUGGACUUCUCCCUCUCUCACUGUAGUCAGGUCUGGGACACACAGGCCUGUGGAGGUGUCACUUCACACCUCUGAGACCCGGGCUAAUAUAAAGCCUCCCUCCAGCAAACCCUCCGGCAUCACCGACUCUCAAACCACACAGAAUGGACGUGUCUUCUCCUUUCUUCAGCUACUUCACACAAAACUCCUGGAGCUGCCCGAGUUCAGACUCUGAAUUCUACAACAUCUCAUCUCCUGAAGCUGUUUCUCCUCCUUCCUACAUGGACUUCUCUCCUUCAGCCCAGCAACAAAACAAUUCUUCUCCACCUCCCGAAGGUGCAAAGGCUCCCAUGACCGGUUCCUCACAUCAGGACGGCUCGCGUUCCCGUGUUGGGACUAGAAGAACUCGCUGCAAAAACCCAAGCAAGCAGAGACAGAGCGCCAGCGAGAAGGAGAAGCUCAGGAUGAGGGAUCUGACCAAAGCUCUCCACCACCUCAGGACUUACUUACCUCCUUCUGUUGCUCCUGUCGGCCAAACCUUGACCAAGAUCGAGACCCUUCGCCUCACCAUCCGCUACAUCUCCUAUCUGUCUGCUCAACUAGGCCUCAGUGAGGAGUCUCUCUGCCAGAUGAGGGACCUGAGAGCUCCUAGAUACCAAGAAUCAGCUCAAACUCAAGGCUAUUCACCUCCAGAGUACUGGGGACUCGGCACGUCACAUCAAGAACUGUCUCAGAGCACCUUCAGACCUUCAGAGCAUGUGUUGAGGAAGACAGAGAUGGCCUGUCAUCAGGUCUGCAUGAGCAUGGAAACAUCUGCUUAUGAUGAUUCCUUCAACUCCAGCUCCGAAUCUCUUCUGGAAGGCCCUUUGUAUGCAGACACCGCACCAACAUAUCAGGACUACAACAAAGCUGUCCACUGUCCGAUUGUACCAGAAUUCUGGGGAUGAAGCUUUCAUCAGACUUUUCAUAUAUUUAAAACUUUUUCUAGAUAUUUUCUGUGGAUGCCACUGUACAGUAUUUAACGUAUUUUAAUAUAUUGUUUUAUCUUAUUUUCAAGAUUUCUAUUUUAAUAUUAUAUAUUUUGUAUGUUAUCG